GAGUUCUCACCACUUGUUCUUUAUUGUAGCAAUGUUAGGUUUAUCUCUUUUAUACCGUUAUUUUGAUCCUCUUAAGCAGAAGCAGAAUAAAAUUAUUUUUCACGAGUUUUUUAAGCUACCGAAGCAGAAGAAUAAGAUUAGUUUUCAGGAGUUUAGAAACAAGUUUCUGGAACCAGGGUUAGUUCAUCAUAUUGUUGUCAACAAGAAAAACGUUGCCAAAGUAUAUGUUAAGAACGAUAGUGGUGCCAAAUAUCAAUGUUGUUUCAAGUUUGGAAGUGUUGAUUCUUUUGAGUUGAGAUUAGAGGAAGCACAAAAAGUGCUAGGCAUUCAUCCUCAGGAUUUUGUACCUGUUAUUUAUUCUUCUUUAGAAACUAAGGAUUUUCUUUUCAAAAUAAUGUUUUUCAUAUUUUUCUUGCAUCUGGUUGCCAAUCUAGUUGCCAUUAAAGGUAAGGGUAUUAGUGAAUUACUUAACAUGAAUGGAGGACGUGUUAUCCAAGGAAACCAGAAUGAUAAUAACAAGGUCUAUUUUAAGGAUGUUGCUGGCUGUGAUGAGGCAAAGCAAGAAAUUAUGGAUUUUGUUCACUUUCUCAGGAAUCCUCAAAAAUAUGAAAAGCUUGGUGCCAAAAUUCCAAAAGGGGCUCUUCUGGUGGGUCCUCCAGGCACAGGGAAAACCCUUUUAGCUAAAGCAACUGCAGGGGAGUCUGGCGUGCCGUUUCUUUCGAUCUCUGGUUCUGAUUUCGUGGAAAUGUUUGUCGGUGUUGGAGCAUCUAGGGUGAGAAAGUUGUUCGAUGAAGCCAGGAAGUGUGCUCCUAGUAUAAUAUUUAUUGAUGAGAUUGAUGCAAUUGGUCGGUCAAGGGGUGGCGGUGGUGGCCAUUCGCGCUCAAAUGAGGAGCGCGAAAAUACUUUAAAUCAAUUGUUGGUGGAGAUGGAUGGUUUUGGAACCACUGCUGGAGUUGUUGUUAUGGCAGGUACAAAUAGAGUUGAUGUAUUAGACAAAGCAUUGCUUAGGCCUGGGCGUUUUGAUCGCCAUAUAAUAGUCGAUAAACCCGACAUCAAGGGCCGUGACCAGAUAUUUCGGAUUUACUUGAAAAGGAUCAAACUUGACCAUGAGCCUUUAUAUUAUUCACAAAGGCUUGCAUCCCUUACUCCAGGAUUUGUUGGCGCAGACAUUGCUAAUGUUUGCAAUGAAGCUGCUCUGAUUGCUGCAAGGACUGAAGAAUCACAUGUCACAAUGGAUCAUUUUGAGGCAGCUAUUGAUAGGAUCAUUGGUGGCUUGGAGAAGAAGAACAAGGUGAUAAGUAAGCUGCAAAGACGUACUGUUGCUUACCAUGAAGCAGGCCAUGCUGUUGCAGGUUGGUUCUUGGAACAUACCGAGCCAUUGUUAAAAGUAACUAUUAUUCCUCGCGGAACAGCAGCUCUUGGGUUUGCUCAGUAUGUUCCGAAUGAGAACCUUCUCAUGACAAAGGAACAGCUUUACGAUAGGACUUGUAUGAUCCUUGCUGGCAGGGCUGCUGAAAAGGUUCUUAUUGGGACAAUCUCUACUGGGGCACAGGAUGACUUGGAGAAAGUCACCAAGAUAACAUAUGCUCAAGUAGCCGUCUAUGGUUUCAGCGAAAAAGUUGGCCUCCUAUCUUUCCCUCAGAAAGAGGACUCAUAUGAGGCUUCUAAACCGUACAGCAGCAAAACUGGCGCAAUCAUUGAUUCUGAAGUGCGAGAAUGGGUGAACAAGGCAUAUGAACAUACAAUAAAACUUAUAGAGGAACACAAGGAGAAAGUGGCUGAAAUAGCAGAGUUGCUGCUCGAAAAAGAAGUGCUUCACCAAGAUGACUUACUUCAAGUCUUAGGCGCGCGACCCUUCAAGUGUGCUGAAGUCACUAAUUAUGAUAGAUAUAAGCUAGGAUUUCACGAUGAGGAGAAGGCUGUAGAAACCACCGUUGAUAGAGACUGAGGUGGUUCUUCAUAGUUGAUUAAGUUGAUAUUCAUUAAUUUUUUGUUAAACAGGAUUUUAUUUCAUUGAUGCUGUGAAGGAUACUUUACUGUGCCAUUCAUUGGUAACCAUUGGUCUUCCUUUCUUGUAAAAUUAGUUACAAUUGCACUUGCUAAGGUGGCAAUUUUGGUAAAUCUCUGGGAAAGAUUUUUCUGAAAAAUGUUGCUAAAAAUAUUUAAGUGUUGUUUAUGUUCAUUCUAAAAAUGCUUAAGAGUGUUGUUUAUGUGAUG